AUGGCCAACAGUAAUCUCCCUCGAAGAAUCAUUAAGGAAACUCAGCGUCUGCUCAGUGAACCUGCUCCUGGUAUUAGUGCCUCUCCAUCUGAGGAUAAUAUGCGGUAUUUCAAUGUUAUGGUUCUGGGUCCUUCACAAUCACCUUAUGAAGGAGGAGUGUUCAAGUUGGAGCUCUUUUUGCCUGAAGAAUACCCCAUGGCAGCACCCAAGGUUAGGUUUCUCACAAAGAUCUACCAUCCUAACAUUGAUAAGCUUGGAAGAAUCUGUCUUGAUAUUCUGAAGGACAAAUGGAGCCCUGCACUACAAAUACGAACUGUGCUCUUAAGUAUUCAAGCUCUUCUGAGUGCACCAAACCCUGAUGAUCCAUUGUCUGAGAACAUUGCUAAGCAUUGGAAGAGUAAUGAGGCAGAAGCUGUGGAGACAGCUAAGGAGUGGACCCGUCUUUACGCCAGCGGCGCAUGA